AAUAAAAUGUCGUUAUUCAACCGGUUAUUUCGUAGUAAGAAGUCAUCAAACAAGGAGAAUUUGCCUACGGAGCUUGUACGAUCUUUCAUUGCUUUACAUGAUCGUGAAGAGGCUUACCGACGAUCAUUGCGCAUGUCUUCAUCAAGGAGCGCAGGCUUCAAAGGGGAUCGGACUCGAUUCCACGAGGAUAUACCGGCGACCGCACCCUAUCACACUGUGACUGCUCCCCGCCUUCACAAGGGACCGAUGAGCUGCCCAGGAGGGUACAAAGAGAGCUACCGAAGUGACGCAAUGGAGCGAUCGUUUGAGACCGAAAUUCGAUCAUCUCGCGAUCGAAGAGAUCGCGAAAGACUCGACUGCUCUGAUCGAAAAUACAGAAAUAAAAGGACAACCACAUGGGAUACUUCUGAGUAUGGAAGUGGUGAUCCAUCACCUCUUGGAAAUUAUCCUAGGAACUCGCAUUUCAAUGAAGAUUUGGAAGAAUCUGAUGACCAAGAAUGGAAUAUGCAUGACAAACUGAUGGUAAUUCUUUGA